ACUGAUUGGAAGUUGGAACGUUCGGGAAUUUCCGGGAAUUCGAUAAUCAGUAUAUAAUAUAAUAAUAUAUGACAUACUUUCGCAUGUUUACGUUUGAUAACAAUUAAAUUUUACUAUGGACGUUGUUCGCUCAAACUUCGAAGUUAUUUUGCCCCAGAUCGAGGCAGCAUUGGAGAAAUCUGAAUUUAUAGCAAUCGAUACAGAAUUCACAGGCUUGGCUGCGAACGACAAUCAGCAGCCUAGUCUUUUUGAUGCACCAUGUGAAAGAUACACAAAACUCAAGAGGAUGGUCAACCAGUUCCUUGUUUGUCAAUUUGGUGUUAGUGCAUUUGUGAAAAGUCAGGAAUAUUCAAAUACUUAUGAAGCACACACCUAUAAUUUUCAUCUUUACCCAUCCUCCUUUGGACAACAACAUGACAUCAGAUUUACCUGUCAGGCUUCAAGCUUAGAGUUCCUUUGUAACCAUAGAUUUGAUUUCAACAAGUUUGUGUAUGAAGGCAUUUCGUAUUUGAACGGAAACCAGAGAGCUGAACUUCAAGAAUUAUGUCUAAAGAACCACGUAAAAAUAGCAAGCUCCCUUAACAAAGUUAUUGAACAGGAUUUUUUGUGUCCGAAUUGUGACAAAAUAGAAGAAUGGUUAAAAGAAAAUAAAACCAACACGUUGAUUCUAGAUUGUCACGGAGUUUUUUUCCAGUUUCUGCUGUAUCAAGACAUACGUAAAAAGUUUGCUAAUUUAGAUUGUGAGGUCCAGCCUCAUGGAAAGUUACUCGUCAAACGAGAGUCGUUAGAAAAAGAACAACAAGCUGACUACGAUGAACAGAUAAUGAGAAUUGUUCAAAGCUUUUGCGGAUUUACAAGGGUAUUUGAACUGUUUGUGAAAUUAAAAAAGCCGCUUGUCGGACACAACUUAUUCACAGAUAUUCUGUUUAUGUACGAGAAAUUCAACAGUUUUCUUCCAGACGACUAUAAAAUUUUCAAACGAAAUAUUCACGAAUUGUUUCCUUUCAUUAUUGACACAAAACAUUUGGCGUUUGCUCUUAAUAGGCACGAAAUCUUAUGUGAAAGCGAACUGUUCAAAAAAACGAAUCUCGAAGAACUUUACUCAGAACUGAGUAGUCAUAAAGGUCUCUAUUAUGUUUUAUAUACGCCAACAAUAGUUCACUCGAAACUUUGCCAGAAAUACGUUAAUUCACAUAAUAUUCACGAAGCUGGCUACGAUGCGUAUAUUUCUGGUUACGUAUUUCUAAGGAUGGCUCAUAUCUUAACUGCUAAAACUUCAGGAUCAACCUUUGAUGGUGCGGCGGAGUUUCGACAGUAUUUUGAUGCUGUUAAAAGUUACGGGAAUAUUGUGAACAUUAGUCGAGCCACUGUUCCGUUUCUGAAUCUUGCCGGGGAAGAUCCAAAGUCCAUCAGACCAAGAUGGCUCCAUAUCUCACGACGUCGUUCUCUAAAGAGAUUGACCGCUGGCCAGAUUUUGAAGGAAUUAGACAGAUUUGGCUCCCUUGACGUCAAAGUAUUGGAUGAUCAAAGAGCGUUAGUUGCCACUGGUCAUUCAAAAGUAUCUCAACGAAUUCUAAAAGCGCUACGACGUCACAAACAACUAAAAGCCAGGAAUUAUUAUCCAUUGUUGGACAGUCCAAAUAUAAGAACCUUUCUAUGGGCUGGUGGUGUAGCAACGGCUGCUGUGACGUUUUUUGGAGUAGUUGCCGCGGUGUGUUAUGGGAAAGAAAAACUAAAUGAAACGUCUUAGAACAUUUCGAAUAAUUAGUGCCUAGUUUAUAUUUAUUCCUGAACCGUUUUAACCAGUUUAAUCACUAACGUUGAUAAAAAUAUAUACGGAAAACUGGUGGAUCUCAAAUGUCGUUUGGUCUUGUGUUUUUCUUUACUUGUUCUGUAAAUAUUUAUCA